AGCAAAGCACAAUGAAUGCAGAUAAAAAAACUAAGAAAUGUCAUUGCAAAAGUUUUUGUUUGCGUCAAGUUGCAUACAUGCAUAUCGUAUUUCUAGUCUCUUAUCCCAGAAUUCAUUCAAAUAUGUGGCAACAGCAAUUCAAUAGCUUUGCUGGAUUCCUUAUUUCUCCUUAUUUCCCGCGUGUUUCGUAAUACUACAGCAAAAAAGUUAUUGAAAAUAAUGUAUGUUUUUCAUCGAGCUCAGAUCAUAAUCUGAGCUAGCCGUGGUUAACCUGAAUGCCGCCCUCUUGCGUUCGGCAAAUUUAUGUUGACCUUUGACACAUAAGCGUUAGUCCGCCAUUCUUUGCCCGGGGGAUGGAUUUUGUCCUUUCUUUUUUCUGCGUUAUUCUUGUGAAUCUUUUAUUCUGAGCUGUUCAACUUAAACCAAAAGAUUUCAGUGGACUUUAGCCGAGAUGGACUUCAACAAAAUUGAAGCAGAGGAAAGGCACAUCUUUAAGUUGUGGACUUUGUGUCGUGUCUGUGGCCAGGCAGGUGAGAAGCUCCAGUACUGUUUGGAUAACUACGCUGAUUUAUUGGAGCAGCUGUAUGGCAUUGACCUGACCAAUGACGACCCAGCAAUCCAUCCACAGAUGGUCUGUCAGAAGUGUCGUCUAGUCCUACAACAGUACCUCAAGAAGCCUGCCAAAUCCAAGAAGCCUCCACUUCCUGAACUCUACACAUUUUAUAAACACAGCGAGGAGUGCUUUGUGUGUGACCGAGCCUCGGGAUUGCUCCCUAAGAGAAAACUGUCCAUUGAUGUCGGAGAGUUGGCGGCACAGGCCAAGAUAGCUAGACAGGAGACUGGCCAGUCUAAUAUCCAUGAUGACAAGAACUCUGAGGAUGAUGCAGCCUCCAAGAAAGAGAACACAGAGGAACUAUCAUCGCAAGACACAGAGAGAACUAACGUUCUCCUGCAAGCUCUUCAGGGAGCUGUAGUAGAUGAGACCCUUGUUGCUAACCCUGAAGAAGGGUUGGAAGAGCCUGAACAAGACGGCUUCACUAAGUACGUUUACCUCAACAUGAUCCGCCGAUUCAAGGCUCGCAGUAUCAAGGAGGAGAAGGCAAAAGAGAGCAUAGACAUUAACCGUUUCAAUCAGAAGAACUUUGCUUAUGCGUUCCUGACGUGUGCCCUCUGUAAGCGACUGCCCUUGAAACCAGUCAGCACAGAAUGCAAGCACAUAUUCUGUGAGGCUUGCAUCAGUGAUUGGCUGAAUUUUGGCAAUGUCUGCCCAAAAUGUGAGGAGGUGAUCGUGGAGCUGUCUGAUGCGACGGAACAGCUGAAUCACCUAUAUUUGCUCUUGGAUGCUCCUUGCUCAUUUGCCAGCAAAGGAUGCGAAGCGAAGCUGAACCCUUUUGAAAUCAUCGCACACGAGAAGGAAUGCCCAUACAAUGACAAAAAUGACAGUUCAAGCUCCAGCGAUGAAGAGGAAGAACAGGAACCUGAGGUGGAGCGCAAAGUGUCACCUCGCAAGAGAAGGUCACUGCGAUUUGUUACCAAAAAAGUAGCCAACUCACGCGUGGAAGACAUUGUGAACUGCCUUGAGAAGUCUUGCAGUCUAGCCAAUCUAGACAAAAUAGACGUGUUGUUCUACAUACUGCGGGAAGCUCUGGCUGAGGUUGACGAUGCUCGGGCCAAGAAUGUUGAUCUUCUCUGGCAAAACAAGAUGAAGCCAGUCCUAACGAGAGGGAGAGGGAGGCCGCUAUCAGUGACGUCACUGACGCCUAGUUCAGCAAGACAGCUGAAUCGUAGGAAAGGUACUCCCAGGAAAAGGGGGCGACCGCGAAAGACACCCGUGAAGAUAGAGAGUAUUAGUAGCGAAGAAGAUGAGGAGGAUGAGGAUGAAGCCGAAGAAGAAGACUUGGAAGAGAAGGAUGCCACAUGGAAACCACGGUCUGCCAUCGGGAGGAGACAAGUCAGGAAAGAUACAGAGAUAGCAGAGCAGAAAGAGGACGAGGAUGCCACCAAGGAACAUGAUUACUCAAUGAAGAGGAAAGAAGCUGAAGAAUCUGAGAUCCAAGGUGACAUUGACACAGAGAAUGUUGUGGCCCAUGUAGUUAUUGAGGAUGGUGAGCAACAAAUUCUGGAGGCCACUGUAACAGUUCAGUGAAAAUGAGUAAGGAAAGCAAUGAAAUAUGAAGAUUAAAUAAGGUAACAUGCCUCUUCUGCUUUGUGAAGUGAAUGCUUGAAUUUAGAGUGUUUCUUACAUUGUUCAUGUACAUAUGUUGUAAAAUACGUAUUCUGCAUGAAACCGUUGCAGGCUCAUGUAAAUUUGUGCAGCAAUUUGUAAUUCUCUGAUGAAUUGGCACACAAGUAUUGAUAAGGUGGACCAUUUUGCACAUGUGAAUCUUUGAGAUCGGGGACAUUGGCAACAGUGGAAACGGUCUUCAGGUAUGGAUAUACACAGAUUACACAGAUGAACCCUAAUGGUAACUUGAUAAGGGGACCAAACACAACACCCUGCUGAUAACAAAGAAAAUUAUUAGGUCCCAAGUCAUAUUCUGUUUUUUGUUCAUGAUAAAACAGGGUCUUUUUCCUUAACUUGGUGAUUGGUAAAGUCCCAAGGACCUUGUUUACAUGUAUAUAAAGGCAUUUCACUGUGUGAUGAUAUUUAGAUACAUGUAUAAAAGUUAGAAUCACAAUCGCAUCACAAACUGAUGCCUUGGCAAAUCUCUGCCACAUCCCGUCAUGCCCUUGCCCCACCACCAAUCCACCAUCCCAUCUGUAUUCCUAAUGAAACCACUAGGCGAUGUGAUUAGCUUAGCAACUUUGACACACACAUCUACAUGUAGAUAAUUUAUUUAAUGAGUCCUCUGAUGGUAAGAGAAGCAUUUCUGUCUUUUUGCUGGGUACAUGUUUUUACAAUGGGUCUCUCCUCAGUUAAAAGACCGAAAUGCUGCUUUGUAAAUUCCCAGCGGUGUAGAGGUGUCAAUAUGGUUCCUGCACCUACAGGACAGAUAAAUUCCAUGACUCUUCCAUGACCAAAUUAUGAAAAUCCACGACCCAAUAACGCAAUUUCAUGGACUAUCUGGAGUUGCGAAUAAAAUCACACAUUUUAUGUACUUACAGUAUAUCUGGUAAUAGAAAUCACACACUGUGUUCGAAAAAUUUCAUGACUUUUCCAGGCCCAGAAAAUGAAAAAAAAAUUUCCAUGACUUUUUCAUGACUUUCCCUGUGUCAACUUUCCAUGAACUGCUGAUCUUGCAAGUAACUAAGAAAUGCUGCUGAUUUCCCUGGGUCUACAUGUGUACAUUAAACUUGAGUUGAUAGCUGUGUUGCAUUCAUCAAUGUAAUGAAUUCCAAGGGAAAACAGUUGCUUCUAAAUGGUUUUCAUACUCUUCAGUUGAGCUUGUAAAUAAUUGCUUAAUUAGAAGUUGGAAUGGAGCAACAACGAGGUGUACAUGUAUUCUAUGUUCCAUUUUACUUUAUUUUUUCCCUGGUUUUACGAAGUGAUUACACAGGAUUUUGACUAAAAAUUGAAGGUGCAAAUCUUUCUUCAAAGGCAUAUCUGAGUGAUUUAAAGAAUAGUAAAGAUUUGUCAAAUUGUAAUAAAAAAUCAAGAAAUUUAA